AUGACCGAACUGAGUCGGAGCAUGACAGAGCUUGGACGGAACAUGUCAGAACUUGGAAAUAAUGUGACAGAGCUUAGUCAAAACAUGUCAGAUCUUGGAAAGAAUGUGACAGAGCUUAGUCGGAACAUGUCAGAUCUUGGAAGGAAUAUAAUAGAGCUUAGUCGGAACAUGUCAGAUCUUGAAAGGAAUGUAAUAGAACUUAGUCAGAACAUGUUAGAUCUUGGAAUGAAUAUGACAGAACUUAGUCGAAGCAUGACAGAACUUGGAAGGAAUAUGUCACAACUAAGUUGGAACAUGUCAGAUCUUGGAAGGAACAUGUUAGAACUGAGUUGGAACGUGUCAAAACUUGGAAGGAACAUGGCAAAAAUUUGUUGGAGCAUUUCAGACCUUUGA